CCAGAUCAGAAAUUCAGAAACCAACAAAAGAGCAGAGCACACGCAUAAAACACGCGACGACAACCACCGCCGUUCCAAACCUCCAAAAUUCCAGUUGUGUCUUCCGGCCGCGGCGGCCUUGCCAGCUCGGAGCCCUUCCUUCCCCCCAUCUCUCUCCUCCGUCCCUCCAUUGAAUCCAUUCCCCCGGCCCCCUAGCCAAUUUUAAACAACAAGCCCUCCUCUCUCUGCGCUGCCCCCCACCACCACCGAAGGAGAGAUUGAGGGAGAGAGGGAGGAGGAGGACAGCCGGCGCGCCCGUGUGGCCCGCGCGCGACCGAUCGGAUGGCGGCGUCGAUGGCGUCGCCGCGGGGGCGGUCGAUCCGGGAGACGGUGCUGGAGAGCGUGGCGGCGUACCAGCAGCAGCAGCGGAUGCGCCGCAGGUUCCGCAAGAGCCUCUCCUACGCCGGGGAGCUCUCCUCGGCGGGCCGCGCCGGCGGCGGGGACGGCCCGUCCUCGUCUUCGUCCGCGUCCGUCUCCUCGCUCUGCGGGCCCGAGGAGGACGACGAGCCCUUCUGGGAGGAGGAGGAGGGCACCGUCGAGCUCGUGCAGCUCGGCGCCAACCGCGCCAAAAACGUCCUCAUCCUCAUGAGCGACACCGGCGGCGGGCACCGCGCAUCCGCCGAGGCCAUCAAGGACGCCUUCCGCAUCGAGUUCGGCGACGACUACCGGGUCUUCGUGAAGGAUCUGUGCAAGGAUCACGCGGGGUGGCCGCUCAACAACAUGGAGAGCUCGUACAAGUUCAUGGUGAAGCAUGUGCAGCUCUGGAAGGUGGCCUUCCACACCACAUCGCCUAGAUGGGUCCAUUGCCUCUACCUCGGCUCCCUCGCCUCAUUCUAUGCCAAGAAGGUUGAGGCUGGAUUGAAGAAGUACAAGCCAGACAUAAUAAUUAGUGUCCACCCCCUCAUGCAACACAUUCCUCUAUGGGUACUCAAAUGGCAAGGUCUGCAGAACAGAGUAGUAUUCACCACCGUCAUCACCGACCUCAACACUUGCCACCCUACUUGGUUCCAUGCUGAUGUGAAUAGAUGUUACUGCCCAUCAGAAGAAGUUGCCAAGAGGGCAGAAAUGGAUGAACUGAAACCUUCUCAGAUCCGUGUGUUUGGUCUUCCCAUCCGACCAUCAUUCUGCCGUGCUGUUCUUGUUAAGGAUGAUCUACGAAGGGAACUUGAAAUGGAUCCUGAGUUACCAGCAGUUUUGCUGAUGGGAGGUGGGGAGGGCAUGGGUCCUGUAAAGAAGACCGCGAAAGCCCUUGGAGAGGCAUUGUUUGACAAAGAGCUCGGAAAACCUAUUGGGCAGCUUGUUGUCAUUUGUGGUCGGAACAAAACACUGAGCUCCUCAUUGCAAUCUCUUGAAUGGAAAAUGCCAGUAAAGAUUAGGGGAUUUGAGACCCAAAUGGAGAAGUGGAUGGGGGCUUGUGAUUGCAUUAUAACAAAGGCUGGACCAGGUACCAUCGCUGAAGCCUUGAUUAGGGGGCUUCCUAUCAUCCUUAAUGACUUCAUACCUGGACAGGAAGUUGGCAAUGUCCCUUAUGUUGUGGACAAUGGUGCUGGCGUAUUCUCCAAAAGUCCCAAGGAAACUGCUGCACUCGUCGCCAGUUGGUUUGGUCCAGGCUUGGAGGAGCGCAAGAGAAUGUCAGAAAAUGCUUUGAAGUUGGCCCAACCGGAAGCUGUGUUUGACAUUGUCAGGGAUAUCCAUGCGCUCUCUCAGGAGCAAGGUGUGAUAUCACAGAUCUCCAGCUCCUUGACAUCAUCGUUUUUCAUACAAUCUCCUGAAACCACCCCCAUCCAACUUAUGUGAAGUCUCAAACUGUGUACAUAGGUAGAAUUGCAAUACAUCUCUUGCACCUUGCAUAUGCCCUACAGUAUAUCCUAGAUUGCCUGUUUGUUUCAUUUGUUGACGGGGUUCCACUGUUUUCUGUUCAUGGCUUCUUGUGAUAGUUUUUAUGGGCUCGUUUGACUGACUGACAACUGCUCCUUUGUAAUAUUGUGUUCAUGUAAGAUUUGUGAAAAAUCAUUCAUUGACAUCAUUCUUUCAUGUCUGUCGUUACCGAAUGGGGGGCCGUGGUUGGCUUGUAAAGUAUGCUCAGUUUUGUGGAUUGAAGGUCUUAGAUUCCCUUUUCGUGUAAUCCAUGUUAGGAUUACUGUAAAGAAGUGCACAAUAUGAUACAAAAUUUGAGAGUGGAAGUCUUGUAUUUGUUGAAGAUAAUGAGUGAUAUUCA